UUACAUUCAUUCAUUAACGACACGGGCAUAGCAUAAAGUCAUCAUGAUUGCAACAACGGCCAUCCUCCAAGCUAUGCUGAUAUCAGCUUCCUUAAUUUCUACCGGCAGAUGCGAAGCUGGAAAGAACCAAGUUGCAUGGCUUCAGAACCCGCAGAACAACGAUUCCAUGCAUGUUUCAGGACACAAGGAAAUGAAUGACACCCGCUAUGGGAUUCCUAGCAUCAUCUCUAUCAACCAAAGUUCUGUUGGUACAAAGAAACGAGAUCCGAAGAAACACAAGCCUGAUUCCUGGUCUUACGGUUACGGUUAUGGGAAUAAGACACAUGAUGAUGAUGAGUCGGGAGUUGGAAAGGCUGAUAUAUCUAUGCCCUUGUCUAUCGGCGCUGGUAUAGUUAUCGUGGCGAUGACUUUUCGGUAUUAAUGGCUCCAAGGUUGGGUUGCGGGGCUCUGGUAACCGUGGGCAUUGACGAUAACCGAC